AUGGAUGGUGGUUCUUCCGAGUUGGACGUGACGCAUGCUCAUUUUUUCGACGAAACUUUACCAUAUGAUAGUUCACACGGAUCAUUUAAUGAGUACUCAACACCAACGACGUCAUUGCCCUUGAUUGAUACUGCUGACGAGUUCUCUCAGCCGAUUUCUGCUGCUACUUUUUUGAAAGAAGCUUGUCCUGAGGACUUAAACCAAAACAAAAAGCGAACGCAUGGUUUUACAAUGAAUGAAACAAGAGACAGACCGUCAACAUCACCACGCUCGCCGAUCAAAAAGCUUUCUCGUCCUUCGGAAACAAAUACUCCAAACUCGCCAUCAAACAUAGAGCAAGAGUAUGACCCGUUGAACAAUUUGCGCGUCGAUUUGAUAAAUGACUUUAAUACAAUGGAUCAAUUUACUAAACCUAUCGCUUCCACGCUGAAAGAGGCCUUUACAACUCCGGCUUGGAAUCCUAGCACAACACCGACAAGGAGUGCUUUGCGCAAAAGACCCGUAGAGUUCAACAACAUCACUCCUAUCAACAGUCCCAAACUGUCGUGGCGUGAAGUUUCGGUUUAUUACUUCGGCCGUGCUCAGGGGGUUGACACUGUUCCUCACGAAGGAGAAAUUUCUCUUGGUAUGCAAACUCGUCAUCAUACGCGACGCUCGUUCCCUCUUAUUCGUAAAGGGCAACCUUACAUUGGAAUUGACGACGAGGUGGUCGAACUGUCAUCCGACGAAGAAGAACCACCACAUUUUGAAAGGAAUACCGCCAAAAAGAUCCAAGGAAUGUCGAGACAGCAAAUCGCUAAAUUGCUGAAGGUUUCCGGUGUAAAUGUUGAAAGGGCUGGCCUCCGAGAGCUCGAAUUGUUGCGCGAAAGUCGUCGAUCAGCUGGCUGUUCGUGUCCGAAUGGCAUUUGCCUUCCAGAAACAUGCCAGUGUGCUCUUGACGGAAUCAAAUGCCAAUGGGAUGGCGCCGGACAAGACUAUGGUCCAUGCCCCUGUGACAUUGGCGUCACUUGCGAAAAUCCCGAGGGCCGAGUUGAGUUCAAUCAGGAAAAGGUAGCUGCACAUCAUAUGGCUGCAAGGCAACGUUGGAAAGAUUCACAACGAACGGGUAACUACUCUGCACCAAGCCGUCGCAGGCUCGACAGUGAGGAUCAGACGAAAACCUACUGUGAGACUCCACCAAAUACCGGAGAUGGAUGUGGAUAUCUACCAACUUUACGACUUGGUUCAAUUACAGAGAUAAACGACAUUGUUGUUCUACCCGAAGAAAAUUCACAGCUCGGCGAAAUCGAAUCGAUCGUUGCGCAUCGACCAAAACCCUCGCCAAGAAAAACUCCAACAAAGCCCCCAACAACUCCAACUCGACGACAGCCAUUACGUACAGCAUCCCUUUCUCGCCUCAACACACCAACAAAGAUCACCGAUUUGGAAACGGAACUACCAAUUAAACUUAGACUUCGACGAUCUUCGUCAACAAGCGCAAUGGAAAAUCCAACCGAAGAAAAAGUUAAAACCCCAAGAAUGCGCCGUUCUUCCUCCGUUCCUCGUUCAAGUUCUACUUCAAAUCUCGCAGAAUGUAUUGAACAAAAUAAACCAGACCUGCCACCUAUUGCACUUGCUUUUCAAACUCCUACUUCAAUGACUGCAUCAGCUUCUUUACAGCGCUCAAUCAGCCGUGUAAUCUCAACUUCUCGUCUUCGACCGGCUACCGCUUCAUUUGUUGAUCUUCUCUCAGCCAGCCGUCAAUCAAAUGCGCCCACUCGGCCUCGACCACAAAAUGAAACCGCAACUCCCUUGAGGAUGAAUUAUGCAAAGGUUCAAAUCCCAUCUCCUCCUCCAAAUUGUAUCAGUCCUGAUGACGAUUUUGAUAGACCGACUCCUUUGCCACGUUUCCCGGUGACACCUGUUUACUCAAGGAUUAAACCAAGUGGUUUGAGUCGUUUAACUCCGGCGGCAUCCAGUGUUCAUCUACAACCCUUCAAACUCAACAACGAAGAAAAUAAUCGGUUGACACCUUCAAAAUCUAUCGCAUGCUUACAAGCACCUACUGCUUCUACAAACUCUUUCAAUUCGGCUAAGAGGUUGACGCCCUCAAAAUCGACCAUUCAACUGCCCAUGACCAAACUCAAUCCGGUGCUAAAUCAAGUGCUUCCAAAUGUCCCACCAAGUCCAUCAAAGAGAGCUCCACCAUCUCCAAGAAAGUUUCCCAAAACUUCAUCGUUGCUAGGC